UCCUUUCCCUACGUUUUCAUUCAAACCAAACAUAGGUUAAGGUGCUGUACUUUACUACUUUUCAGCUCCUUUUGAGUUAAACCCCUAAACCCCAGUGUUCUCCAGUCUCCACCGAACUUCCUCUGCAUUUUCAUGGCCGUCUCUUCCAGCAGCCAAAUAUCAUUUUAAUCCUCCAAAAGCCAUCUGCUGCUAUUAAAAGAUGGCUUUUUUCAAAACCAUUCGCGCCCAGCACCUCUACACAUUUCUCAGACUGCAAAACACUUCAAAAUUAAUUCGAAAAGAUCUAUAUACGUCUCCCAUUGUAGAUUCGAACUUUCUAGUUAUCCCGAAACCGGGUCCUAGUUUUGAUUUAUUCAAUUUCAAAUCUUUCCUUCGGAGAACGAUUUCAGCUUCUGCCCAAGUUGAAGAAAGCUUCGAAAAUGAAUCGACUGAUUCAGAGGAGGAUGAAUCGAAUGGGAAAUCCGAAAGAAUGCAAGAAAAUAGUGAAUGCGUGCAGAAACCGGUGAAAGAGAGUAGGAAAAAGAUGGCGAAGAAGGUAAAGAAGGUUCUCGAUGUUUCGUUGAAAGAGGCUGUCGGGUCAAGUGAAAAGCCCGAAGAAAGUGACGAUUCCUCAGAGAAGGCGGAAUUAAAAGAAGACGAACUUUCUGGUGAUUCAAAGUUGAAGGAAAUCGAAGAAUUGAAGAAGAAAUUACGAAAUUUGGAGCGUGAGGUGAGAAGUCUGAAAGCCAAUGCCAAGGAUAAAGCGAAGCAGAGGAAAGAGCCGAAGACAGAAGAAGAUCCACGAGAAAAUGUUCAAACUACACCUAGGAGUUUGUAUUCUUUGUUUGCAAAUAACAGAAAGCCAGUGCCUUUGGAAUUGAAGGAUGCGGAAAGACCUCGUCCUCAUCGGAAAGAGCUUUCACAAAAAACCAGGCCUCCUAAGAAAAAGCUUUUACCACAAACUAAGCCUCGUUAUAAAGAGUUUUCACCAGACAUGGCUUCGCUGGUGGGUCGUUUAUACGAGGAGGGGUACCUAGAUAAGGCAAAUUUCUUUCCAGAGAAGAAGUUAGAUCUCAGUUGUUUCUCCAAAAGUUAUCCCCGGGAGUUCUUGGUGUCUUUAGCUGAAAGGUUUGGCCGGGACCAUCAGGAAAUCGCGAGAUGGUUGUCAGGUAGCGACUUAAAAACUGUUGCCUUAUUUGGUUGUCCUUCCCUUGCAAAGGAUAAUGUAUUUGCAGCUAAAAGAUUGCGUACUUUCUUCAGUGUUCACGAAGAUACUGUAUGCUGUGCUUGCAAACUAAGAAGUUCAUGUAAAUUUGUGAACAAAAAAGUAUUGAAAGUUGAUCAUUUAAAUUUGGCUGAUACUAUGAGAAUUCUCAUGGUGUAUUCCUUGGACUUGUUUCACCCAGAGCUAGUUGUACCCAAAGAAACAAGAGCUUCCAUCAGUAGAUUGCUUAAGGAGGUGAUCAAUCUCAGUCAAUAAAUCAUGUUGGUCUUGAAGACCUCAAACUCAAACUUGAAGUUUGGUUCUAUGGGCCUAAUUGCACAUUCAGGUUGCUCUGUUUCAUUCCUUUACCAAACUGCAGGGUCAACCUGUAGUUCAUAUGUAUUCUCUGUUGAAGCAAGAGUUGCAAAGCACAUAGUUGCUGCUUUACUCAUUAAUGGCGUAGUCACUGCUCCAUAUACACCAAAAAUGGGUCAUGAUGCCAUAAAUUGUGAAGAUUUUCUUCUGCAUCAUAAAUUACCCAGUCAAGCAGUUAAAUUGUCUUUUUGCAUGCUGUUGAAAUGGGUUGGCCCUUAAAAAAUUUUGGUUUUGCCAUCACGACUUGGGUAAUUAUUAUUUUUUAUUUUGGAAUAUCAAGACAGUUUAAUCGUUUUCUUUUCUGAAUUUGUCAAGCAUUAUCACUGGUGGCAUCUGGCAUAUUCGUAAUAGACUGAAUAUGCUGUUUACAGAGAUUUCUGUCUUGCUGUUGUGUGGCAGUCAAUGGAAGUCAUGAUUCCCUACUCAAGUAAUGUGGGACAUGCGAACUGUUCUUGGUUGUUGUAUCUGGUACAAUAUUUCAUGACUCACUCUCUCUUUUGUGUC